GCGAAGAAGAAGAAGAAGAAGAAGAAGAGCUUAGCAACAAUGGCGGCGAAACCGAUUGCGAGUCCGAUUCCGGUGGCUCUGUAUCCGACUUUGUCGGUGUUCACUCUUGCGAUUGGCCUCGUCAUUACCGCUAUCUUCUUCAUCUAUGAAGCUACAUCAUCCAGGAAAAACCGAAGCCUCGGAAAGGAGCUCGCUACUUCAGCAGUUGCAUCUGUCUUCUUGGGUUUUGGAUCCUUGUUUCUGCUACUAGCUAGUGGUGUUUAUGUUUGAUCCUUCUUCCUCAAUACUAUCCCAACUAGUUCAAAGACAAAAAAGACAGAUUUAUCUUUGUUGAAGUGAAAUCAGAGUUAUGAAUGUUAGUUACUUUGAGAAGUAGCCUUUAAACACCAAGUUGCAAUUAAAUUAUCUUGUGCUUUUAAACGCUAAACCGAGUUUGAAUUUCACCUCCAUUAGAACAUCGUUUGCGUUGUUAAUAAAUUUAGUAAAUUUCU